UAGAUGUUUGUAAGUUCUCUAAGACAAACACGACGAACGCCAUGAGGUACAGCUUCUCUUCAUCUCUCUUGUUUUUUGAACGGAGAAGAGAGGACACUGGGAAUGACAUAAGCUGAUUCUCAGAUGUGGUACAAGACCAUAUCUUACACCACCCGCUCUCAAAAAUGGUGGGUCAAGAAUUCCAAGAAGUAACUAACCACGAGGAGUCCCUCUCUGGUGCAUCGCUGCUAGCCUCUGCCCUGAAGAAUCAAGGUGUGGAAUACAUGUUUGGAGUUGUAGGAAUACCAGUCAUAGAGAUCGCAGGGGCUGCACAAGCAGAGGGAAUCAAAUACAUUGGCAUGAGAAACGAACAAGCAGCGUGUUAUGCGGCAUCAGCAGUUGGAUAUUUGACUGGACGACCUGGUGUCUGUCUCGUAGUUUCUGGUCCCGGAUUAUUACAUGCUCUUGGAGGAAUGGCAAACGCAAUGAGUAACUGUUGGCCUGUUUUAGUGAUUGGUGGGUCAAGUGAUGUUGAUCAAGAAAGCAUGGGUGCUUUUCAAGAGUUUCCACAGGUUGAAGCAGCAAGACCUUAUAGCAAGUAUUCAGCAAGACCAAGCAGUGUUGGGGAGAUACCAUUCUUUGUUGAGAAGGCAGUGAGGACAAGUAUCUAUGGAAGACCUGGUGCAUGUUAUCUGGACUUACCAGGGAAUAUGAUUACAGAGAAGGUUGCAGCCUGCAAGGCAAGGAAAAUUUGCUGUUCACCUCCUCCACCCAAGUGUCUAGCAGAUCCAGUUGCUGUUGACAAAGCUGUCCAGGUUCUUAGUGAAGCAAGUAAACCUCUGGCGAUAAUUGGAAAAGGUGCUGCAUAUGCACACGCUGAGAAACCUCUUCAGGAAUUUGUAGAGAGAUGCAAGCUGCCAUUUCUCCCCACCCCCAUGGGGAAGGGAGUGAUUUCUGAUGAGCAUCCCCUCUGUGUGGCUGCAGCCAGAUCAAGAGCCUUAUCUCAAGCUGAUGUUAUCAUUGUGUUUGGUGCAAGAUUGAACUGGAUUCUUCAUUUUGGAAGACCACCAAGAUUUAGGGCCGAUGUUAAAAUAAUACAGAUUGAUCUCCAUGCAGAGGAAAUGAAUAAUAAUGUACAUGCAGAGGUUAUGCUUUGGGGAGAUUUAAAGAGAGUGGCAGAACAGCUAAGGGAUGCAGUUGAGAGAAAGUUUGGAAUAGAUCCAGCAAAUCUCUGUGGUUUACCCAGCUGGAAAAAAGAACUCAAAGAAAAGUCUGAUACAAACAAACAAAACAAUGAGGAACUUGCCAAUGAGACAUCUGUUCCAAUGAACUACUACCAAGUUUACGGUCAGCUCACAAAGCAUUUACCACAUGACUGUGUUGUAGUUAAUGAAGGAGCAAACACUAUGGACAUUGGGCGAACCAUGAUACCCAAUCACCUCCCUCGAAACAGGCUAGACGCGGGCACGUUUGGUACAAUGGGGGUGGGGACCGGUUUUGCCAUAGCUGCUGCCCUGUUAGCUGAGUGCCAAGCUAAAGACAAAAACCGCCCAAGGAGGGUGGUGUGCGUCCAAGGCGACAGUGCUUUUGGUUUCUCAGGAAUGGAGCUUGAAACUGCGUGCAGUGCACCUCCGACAGCUCUUUUACCCAAGGCUAGGUACGAGAGAAUUAUCGAAGCAUUCGGAGGAAAAGGUUUCUUUGCAGAGACACCGCAUGAACUGAAAACUGCGUUGGAGAGCGCUUUCGUCGAGACGGGAAAGAAAAGGAAACCAGUUUUGAUAAAUGUCAUGAUAAGCCCUUAUGCCGACCGUAAACCGCAGGAGUUUUUCUGGCUGACACGCUCAAAGAUGUAAAGUUGAUUGUCGUGGGAAAUCACGAAUUUUGAAGGCAGUGCGAGAUGAAAGGAAAUUAAAAGGAACACACUGAAGUGGAAAAGAGGCCAGAGCUUGCUAUUCUGAAUCACAAUCUUUCACAAUCACAAUAAGUAGCUUGCUGUGGGGUUGGAAAAAUCCCGAAUGAAUUGAUAUAAGCUUUCUACUGAAGACGGAAUCAAUACUCAGCGAUUAAAUCUAAUUUUUAUGCUCUUCAAGCUGUAUUGGCCGCUAAAUUCUCAUUAACGGCUGCUCAAUUUUGACUUUCCCCCACCCCCACAGUUCACUGUACAAGAUCGAAGCAAGCCUUAGUUAACCUUCCCGACAGCUUUACACCAGAGCUAGUCGAGUCGGUCGAGUUUAAACAAAGGCCCUGAAGAUAGGCAAUGCCUUGGUAGAUAUCCAAGGGAAACAGACGCUGGGUACAACCACAUACAUUGUUGCUUGAGUAACACUUUUAAGAAAUUUGUGAAUUAAAACGAAAUGAAAAGUUGAACGUA